GGAGAGAGAAGGCAAUGAAAGGGAGGGGUAGAGCCGAGGCAGAGGGAGGAGAGAAGAGGGCACACGUACCCGAUCAGAGCACAACAAACGCCAGUCCACCCUGAGCCUGGGGGAACCGAAGGCUUCUCACUCAGUCGGCGGGACAGAGUACGCUGGACCAGGAGCUUCAGACCGCCGCGCUCAGGCUGGAGAAACCUGCCAGCGAGGCACGACCUCAACACAUGAUCAUAGAGCGGCAGGAAAAGCUGCAACGUUGCUCCAGCUGCUGUUCUCAGAGGGGACGGACGACAAACCGGUGCUUUUCUGCGUGGCGUGUCAUUCAGAGACUUGCCCGUCAAGCCUAGUGGGACAUCCCGACAAUGGAGGACACUCUCACCUGUACUCCCACCACCUUUUCCCAGGUCUUCGGCCGCCAAGGACAGCUGAUGCAAGCUACUGUGCAAUCUCUGAACAGCCUGAACGACCAGAUCGCUCACUUCAUGGUUAACAGACCCAACGCCAUGAGCCAUGAAGAGGACACCUUUCUGCCCACUGAGAGGGAUACUUUGAGCCAAUCCAUGGCUCUAAUGAGACACCUGCUCAUGGACGCACAGGGCAAAAUCCUGAAAAUGAUGGAAGACAACAAGCAGCUGGCUCAGAGGAUCGAUGGGGCCAUCCAGUCGGCCAGCCAGGAGGUGACCAACCUGCGCUCCGAGCUCUCCGCCACCAGCCGCAGACUGGCCGAGUUGGGGGCGUGCAACCCUGUCGGCCUGGAGAACAACCAGCAGAACCACCACCAUCACCACCUCCACGAUCCUUCGCUCCACCACCGGCAGAAGGCAGUGGUUUCUGAUCUCACUUUCCAGACAGGCAUGUCGAGCUUGAUGGACUUUGGAACUCCAGAUUCUUCACUUGACAAAGUGUUGCUGAGGGAGGAGGUGGCUCAGUUGCAGGAGGAGGUGCACCUCCUCAGGCAGAUGAAGGACAUGUUGAGUAAAGACCUGGAGGAUUCGCACGGCGGCUGCUCGGCCGAUACGCUCUCCGCCGCCGAGCUCAAGGUGCAGCUGGGGGAGAAGGAGCAGGAGCUGGAACGUGCCAAGGAGGCCUUACAAGCUAUGAAGGGUGAUCGGAAGCGAUUGAAGGCAGAAAAGGCUGACCUGGUGAACCAGAUGCAGCAGCUGUACACUACACUGGAGAGCCGAGAAGAGCAGCUCAGAGACUUCAUCAGAAACUAUGACCAGCACAGAAAGGAGAGUGAGGACGCGGUAAAAGCUCUGGCUAAAGAGAAGGACAUGCUGGAGAGAGAGAAGUGGGACUUGCGCCGACAGACCAAAGAGGCCACAGAACAAGCCAGCGUCCUGCGCUCCCAGAUAGACAUGAAGGAGAACAGAAUCAAAGAGCUGGAGGCAGAGCUCACUAUGGCAAAGCAGUCUCUGGCCACCCUCACUAAAGACGUGCCAAAGCGUCACUCUCUGGCGAUGCCGUCGGAGCCGGUGGUGAACGGCAGUCAGGAGUGGGUGAUGCAAGCAGACCUUCCCCUGACUGCAGCAAUCAGACAGAGUCAACAGACCCUGUACCAUUCGCACCCCGCGGACAGGCAAGCUGCUUUGAGGAUCAGCCCCUGUCACUCCCGCCAGCCCUCCAUCAUCUCUGACGCCUCGGCUGCCGACGGCGACCGCUCAUCCACCCCGAGCGACAUCAACUCGCCCCGCCACAGGACUCACUCCCUCUGCAAUUCCAUGGAGGACCUCGAGGACCAGAAGCGUAAGAAGAAGAAGGAGAAGAUGAGUCUCGGCUCACUUUCUCGAGUGUUUGCCCGGGGAAAAUCGCAACGCAAGUCCUUGGAUCCUGGCCUGUUUGAUGGUACUUCCACCCCUGAUUACUAUAUAGAGGAGGAUGCUGACUGGUGAUAGUGCUAUUGUGUGAGCGUUUAGAGGUGUGUGUGCGGAGCGUACGCCUGGAUUUGUAUGAGUUAACGUAUGUGUGUGUGCGAGCGUGCGUAAGCGUUUGUGUGUGCCUUCAAAUGUAUUCCCCAUGAAAAAUACAGGAAAGAGGAAGAACUGCUGCCUCCUUGAAAUGUACAUAACGACACUUAAAAACAUCUAUGUAAAUGAAAUAUAUAUUUAUAUAUGUAUGCAUAUGUACAUAUGUUUACAUUCAUAUAAAUAUAUACAUGGGAUCAUUGGCGUGUGAAUAUGUUUAUGCUGUUAUUAUGCUUUAUUUGUGGUAAUAUAUGUCUCUUUUUUAUAAACUGGAAACUUGAAUUACUGCUGAGCAUUUGUAAAUAGGAACUCUUGUGCACCUUGUGUUUGCUGAUGUCUUCAUGUGGAAUGCUUCUUUUUCAUGACUGCUACUACCAUGAACCCAGAGCUCCGGGCUGUCUUCAUACACCAUAGCAUGAGGCCCGUCCAAAAGAUUUAAAUGUGCACUCAGUCGUUUUUUGCCCUAAUCAAAAGAUUUGAAACAAAGAGAUGAGAGAAACCGUUAACAUGAGCUGAUCACAUUAGAUGUGAGCCUAUUUAAUUACAGCUAUUUAAUUGUACAUGGAGCAGGUCACUCUUAUUUAGGUACUCUAUACCUAUUACCACUAAACUUCACACUAUUCUGACUGGAAAUGACAAUUCUGCAUAACCUGAAAACAAUGUGUGAUGCUGCUUCCGCGCCACUAGAGGGCCUCCAAUGCAACAUUACCAAAAAAAAUUACUGAGUGCACUUUUAACGUUUGACGUUACGAUUUACUCGGCUACAUCCAGAUACAAUGGGGUUUUUUUUCUAAAUGUUUGCCUUAGCUGUUCACCUCAGUAAUCUAAUCACAGAGGAAAAUCUGCAUAAAUGUGGGGUCACAUUAGCGAAAUUCGACAAGAUUUUGUUGGCAAAAAGAGCCACCGUCAAGCGUCUCUUCUGGUCAACAUGUUAAAUUUGCAUCACCGGAUAUUACUAUUGAAAUAAACUGCUAUUGAAAUAACUUGAUCUUCCCAGCAAAACUGCUUUGAGCAGUGAUAAAUGUGACCCCCAUCUUAGCAGGUGAAUUUUGUGCAUUUACCUCAGAGUUGCAUUCAGACAGAUGCCAAACCAGGAUAAUGAUCAUUUGAAAGCAAAUGUUUUAUUAUGUAUUAUGUCUUCUUGCAAGGCUGCACCAAGGAUCUUUUUAAUCUUGACACAUGCGAAUUGAAAACCUCCCCAAAUCUAUACUUUGUUUCAAAUGAAAACAUACUUUAGGCAGCUUUGGUUCAAUUAUGAUGACAUAGUAGUUCAGUUAUAAUUGGACUGAAGAUACAGUACGUCUCAGACAGGCCUUGUCCUUGUCUUAUUUUUUUCUGUGGUCCAAUGUGACUGCCCCUUUUUGCUAAAAGAUAUGUAGCAUUAUUUAUUAGAUUGUUUCCAUUUAAAAAAAAAACACAUUUUCUAACCUGUAAGGAAUAAAGCUAGAUUUUGAAGUGAUACUAGGGAAGCUUGUUUCCACGUAAUGUAGAUUAUUUACACACAAAUCUGGACUAUACUUUAACCGGGUGCUGACCUUACAUCAGUAAAGUGCCAAAGGGUUAUAGUGCAGCUUGCAGUACGUAAGAAAAUACAUAGAAAUAUUUUUCCUGCUUUUCUCAAGUGUGCAAAUAGAAUGUCUGUAAGAACUCAUAACACACCCUGCUUCCAUAACAUUAUUUUCCAUUAAUGUUAAACCCAAUGAUGUCAUGACUCUUGUCUCGCUGACAUAUCACAUAUUUUUUUCUGUUUCAAGCUUUCCUUUGCAUCUUGGUGGCACUGAUUUUUAUUUUUAUUUUCAUCUCUUAAAUUAAACUGAACUUCAUUCCUCAUGUCAUUUUAAUGAGUUUAUGUUGUAAGGUUUGUAAAGUAGAUUAUGUCAGAUAUAAGAUUAAGUCUAUUAAAGAACUUUAUUUAAAGAUUAGAAAAGAGGUCAUUUCAAUGAAACCAGACUAUCUUUGAAUUUACAGACUUGACGAGGAGGUUUUAACAUUCUGGAGAUUUAAAGAGAAAAAAACAACAAUUAAAAUAAAACUUAUUUUAAAAUAAAAACACAUAACCCAA